AAAUGAUUGUCGUAUAGCUCGAUGACGAUGGCAACGGAUAUUUAGAUGUGAGUGAACUGAAGUCAGCUCUGGAUGUGGUGGACCUGAAGUUACCGCAAUGGAAGGUCAGACAAAUGAUCGAAGAGAUGGAAAGGAAGCGUUCCGUUGACAGAAGGGGUCGACUCGACUAUAAUGAGUUCGAGAGGCUGUGCUCUGAUCUUAAAUCUCAAGACAUUGCUCUCACAUUCAAAACAAUGGUCUCAAAGCGUGAAAACUUGGAGACAUUGGGCGGUAUGUCUGAAGCGAGCAGUGAAGGCACCACUCAUUCUGUGCGACACGAAGAACAGGUGGCCUUUUCUCAUUGGAUCAAUUCCCAUUUAGUACAUGACAAAGACUUAAAGCAUUUAUUACCCAUUGAUUCGGACGGACGGGAACUCUAUGACAAAGUGAAGGACGGGAUUCUUCUUUGUAAGAUCAUUAACCACUCGUGUCCGGACACCAUCGAUGAGAGGACUAUCAAUAAGAAGAAUCUAACCGUUUAUACAAAACACGAGAACUUAACUCUGGCUCUAAAUUCUUCGCAAGCGAUCGGUUGUAAUAUAAUUAAUAUCGACGCCCACGACCUCACCAAAGGAAAGCCUCACCUGGUGUUGGGACUGUUGUGGCAAAUCAUACGAAUCGGUCUCUUCAAUCAGAUCACUCUCGAGCACUGCCCCGGACUCGUCCAACUGGUCGGUGAUGGCGAAGAGCUGUCUGAGUUGUUGCGGUUAUCGCCCGAAAACAUACUGAUCCGUUGGGUUAACUACCACUUGGAAAAGAGUGGAUCCAAUCGACGCAUUAGUAAUUUCACGAAUGAUAUCAAGGAUUCAGAGGUCUAUACUAUACUUUUGAAGCAAAUCGCACCGCAAGGCUCUGGUGUUAAUACACACGCACUUCGGGAACCCGACCUUUUGGAGAGGGCAGAGAUUAUGCUACAACAGGCCGACAAAAUAGACUGCCGGAGCUUUUUAACACCUCAUGAUGUGGUUAAUGGCGUUUAUAAGCUGAACGUAGCCUUUGUGGCCAACCUGUUUAACAAUCACCCGGGUCUGGACACUCCCACCGAACCAUUGGAAUUGGAGAAUAUCGAGGAAACGCGUGAAGAGAGAACUUAUCGCAAUUGGAUGAACAGUUUGGGUGUCUCUCCGUAUGUCAAUUGGCUUUACAGUGACUUAGCCGACGGUCUCGUCAUAUUCGAGUUGUUUGACAUAAUAAAGCCAGGGGUUGUGAAUUGGCCCAGGGUACACAAGUCCUUUACCAAAUUGAAGGCCUUUAUGGAGAAACUGGAGAAUUGCAAUUAUGCCGUCCAAUUGGGAAAGCAAUUGAAGUUUUCCUUAGUUGGAAUCGCCGGUCAAGACAUUUCUGAUGGAAACCCUACUUUAACUCUUGCACUCGUCUGGCAAUUGAUGCGCGCCUACACUCUCAGCAUUUUGACACAAUUGGCCGCUAAGGAUGGCACCGGACAAGCGAUUGUCGAAUCAGAGAUUGUCGAUUGGGUUAACAGAAAGCUAAAAGAAGCGAAUAAGACUUCACUCAUCCGGAACUUUCAGGACCAUAGCAUAGCGACAGCACUUCCAGUGAUUGAUCUCAUCGAUGCCAUAAAACCCGGAUCAAUAAGUUAUGGACAAAUUUUACCAGGGAAUACGCCUCAAGAGAAGUUGGCGAACGCUAAGUAUGCGAUAUCUAUGGCGCGAAAAAUCGGGGCCAGAAUUUAUGCACUUCCAGAGGAUAUAUCUGAAGUGAAGCCCAAAAUGGUGAUGACUGUCUACGCCUGUCUUAUGGCUCUCGACUACAUUCCCAACAUGGGAUCCAAAGACCAGGAGUACAAGGAAUCCAAUAACGAAUGAUUCAAUUUCCAAAUCAACAAUUUAUUCAAUUCAUCGAUCGUUACAUUAUUAAACAUUUGAUAAUUUUUUAUAUCGAUUAAGUAAUAUAUUUUUGUGCCUUAAAUUACUUUUGUUAUAAAUUUCUGGCUUUUAUACAAAACAAAUACCAAAAGCCAUGACUUUUUAAUUCAAAUUUGUUUCACUCCUCCGGUGCUAUAGUUUUAAUGUUCUUUUUAUUUCAUUCAAAGAUAUAUUUCAUCGAAAUAUUUACA